AUGGCCAACAUGAAAUCCCGUGGUGAGGAUGAGGAUGAAGAAAGACACUCUACAGACCCCGAGUGCAGAGACUCCAAAAACUCCAAGAAGACUGUGUGCAAAGUCAAGUGGUCUCGGGACGAGGACGAGAGGCUUAAAAAACUCGUUGAGCAACAUGGCACUGAGAAUUGGAGACUGAUCGCUAGUUAUUUCCCUUCAAGAACAGAUGGGCAGUGUCAGCACCGGUGGCAGAAGGUCCUCAACCCAGAGCUGGUCAAAGGACCCUGGACAAAGGAAGAGGACCAACGGGUAAUAGAACUGGUGCAUAAGUAUGGACCCAAGCGGUGGUCCGUCAUUGCUAAGCACCUGCAGGGUCGUAUCGGCAAACAGUGCCGGGAACGCUGGCACAACCACCUCAACCCUGAGGUCAAGAAGACCUCCUGGACCCAAGAGGAGGAUCGCAUCAUAUACGAGGCCCACAAACGACUGGGCAACCGAUGGGCUGAGAUCUCCAAACUGCUGCCUGGGAGGACGGACAACUCCAUAAAGAAUCACUGGAACUCCACCAUGCGGAGGAAGGUGGAGCAUGAGGGGUACCUGCAGGAGGACACCAGAAGCUUCAGCAUGGAGCCAGCCGUGAAGAAACGCCACAAACCCUGUUCCACAGCAGAUAUCCUACAAAGACAGGACCAGCUGCAUAUGAAUGGUCAAUCACAGUUGGCGGGAUACUCGUAUGGUUCUCUGAAUGGACAAUGCAUGGAGAGCAUUACUGAAACGACCAGCUUUAUGUCGCCGUGCCAAGACGACCCUGACAAAGAGCAGAGAAUUAAGGAGCUAGAGCUUCUGCUCAUGUCAGCUGAGACUGAAGUCAGAAGACAAUGCAGCAUCCGUAACCCAGAGCGCUACUCCAACUGGUCAGACAGCCUGGCGGAUGAUACCAUGACGACCACAGAGAGCCUGGAGGAGGGCGGGGUUGACCUCUGUCAGACGGAUGAGACUCAGGGCUCGGCAAUGCCACUCCAGGUCUCUCCCAGCAAGUUCCUGGCAGUGGAGGCCAGUGCUGUGCUCUCAACUCUACAGACUAUCCCAGAAUUCGCCGAAACCAUGGAACUCAUCAACUCGGAUCCCAUGACCUGGAGUGAAGUGACCAGCUUUGAUGUCUCUGAGGCGGCGACCCCUCCUAAGCACCCAAACCCGACCGGGCUGUACCCCCAGCAGGCCAGGGGCACAGAGAACAUGGGCUACAACCUGGAGACGCCCGUCAUGUCGGAGCUGGGCCGACAGUGUGCCCGUGUGUGCCAGGGCAAACCCGCCCCUCAGUCGUCCCCCACCGUGGCCAGGUUUGGCUCCCCCCCUGCAUCCAUCGUGAGGAGGAAGAGGAGAGAUCGGGGAGAGCAGUCUCCCUCCGAUGACAGGAACUGCGCCUCCUUUUUAGAUGCGAGCAACAACUCACCCCAGAACACACCUGUCAAGGCCCUGCCCUUCUCCCCCUCACAGUUCUUCAACAUAUCGGGUGGUGAGCACUUAAACCUGGACAAUCCGGCACUGACGUCCACCCCAGUAUGUGGACAGAAGUGUUUCCUCAGCACCCCACAUCAGAAGGAAACAACACCCAAACAUCAAAAGGAAAAUGCUGGAUUCAGGACGCCUAAGAUCCGGAAGUCCAUAAUGGGCCACACCCCUAGAACACCAACUCCAUUCAAAAACGCCCUGGCUGCACAGGAGAAGAUGCAUGGACCCUUAAAGGUGGUGCCUCAGCCAUUGGCUUUCCUGGAGGAGGACAUCAGAGAGGUACUGAAAGAGGAGACAGGGGCGGACAUCUUUACCCAAACUCACAGUCAGCCUGAAUACACAGCCUGGAAACAAGAGCCGGACGCUCCUGCCAGGAAGGUGAGGAAGACUCUGGUAUUGGACUCAUGGGGCAAAGAUUACCUUAACGUACAGCUGUUUCCUCAGGAGCAGAUGAACAACAACAUUCAGGGCGACGGCCUGUUGACCAGUUCUCUGCUGAUGACGACUCUGCCCGAGAGAGAGGAGCACGUGGAAUCUCCCAGCUCAGUGAAAGAGGAGUCCUGUGUCCCCGCCUGCCCUAUCAGCCCCAGGCCCGAGAAGGAGAUCUGCGUGCGGAGGUCCUCCUUUUAUCAGACGCCAACACAGGUAACCAGCGAAUGGGAGGCCGUGGUUUUCGGGAAGACCGAGGAUCAGCUGAUCAUGACGGAGCAGGCCAGACGCUACCUGAGCUCCCAUCCCUCCACCUGCACCUCCAGAACACUCGUCCUCUGA